GGCAACAGUGUGCCUCAAAUUUAUAUCGGUCUAUGGCAGCAUAUGAUUGGCCAAUUAGUGACUUGACAUUGAACAGCAUUAACUGCAUGGUUCUUAUUUACAUACACCAAUUUUGUGUCAAAGGAGCAUCUAUGCUCUCCAGAUGUCUGCGUAAUAUACCACAAAUGAAUACAGAAUGAGAAGAAUACCUGCCGUAUCGUCAUAUUAGUCGUCGAGCUGCAUUUCCAACUUCCUACGGGUGAGUCCAAAAACCUGCAGUCACAGUGCUGAAUCGCCCAGUUUCGCGACGCCAGCCCAACGAGUUCCCUUCACAGUUUGCAUACCUGUAAUGAAUCCAUCGUCUCGUCGGUCGAAUGCAAUAUAUAUUGGCAACAUCCCAUUCGAUCUUACUGAAGAAGAACUGACUGACGUGUUCAAAGAAGUAGGGCCUAUUGCCAACUUCCGGUUAAUGUACGAUCGCGACGCUAACCGACAUAAAGGCUAUGCUUUCUGCGAAUAUUAUGAUCCGGAAACCGCGGCCAGUGCAGUACGAAAUCUGAAUGAAUACGAGCUCGGCGGUCGAGCGCUUCGCGUAUCCUAUGCGUCUGCAGACAUGCCAAUGCAACGACCUCAAUCACAGUCAAGGCGGCCGCACGGUCCAACCAAACAAGCAGCAUCUACCCCACCGCAUUCUGCAGUGCAUUCAACACCACCUUUACAAGCUCAACAUGCUCCGGUAGCGCAUAUGCCUCCAAACACGACUAUUCCCCCCGUUAUUUCUCCUGCACAGCAACCAACAGCCGAACCUGUCAAACCUGUAUCUGCGGAAGAAAUUUCCAGUUUCUUGAAUUCUAUGACGGCGGAUGAUUUGUUCGCACUUAUUAGCAAUAUGAAGCAAAUGUCCGUGGAUAAACCUCAAUACACUAGAGAAUUCCUGAUGACCAAUCCAUCCGUCGCCUACGCACUUUUCCAGGCGAUGAUCAUGAUGAAUAUCGUCGACGCCAAUAUUAUUACAACAAUCGUAAACCAAACAGCUCAGUCGGCACCAGCUGCGGCUGCUGCUGCGGCGCCGCCUGCACCGGCCCCCAUGGCCACAACUGCCACUCCUACGCCGCCCAUGGCGACAGCGACACCUCCUAUGGCGCCUACUCCGCCCAUGGUCAAUCAAGUUGCAGAUGAGCAGCAGCGUGCCAUUUUGAUGCAAGUGUUGCAAUUAACAGACGAUCAAAUCAAUUCACUGCCGCCUCAACAGAGGGAUCAAAUCCGACAACUGAAAGCACAGAUGAUGCAAUCUCAGUGACGAGACGCGUGGAUUUUUGCAUCGAAACGAAAAUCUCGAAUUUACAUUACCUGUUUAUCCUCAAGUCAAUUUGUUAGCGACAUCAUUACAGAAAACCUCGACCUUUUAUGUAUGUUUGAGUAUUUUUAUACAGAGACAUCAUGAUGACUUGUAUUUACAUCGCACUUCAAUUCUUCUUUCUUUGGAUUUCAUCUUUCAUAAAGACCUGGCAUACUUGUAGAAUAUACAGUUAGAUGAUGUCUUUUGUUAAACAAAGUUAUAUAGCGUGCAUUUGUUGC